CGUUGCCCCCGGAUAUGGUUCUUGAAUUGAGAGAUUUCUGUAUGCGUAUAAAAGGAAAAGGAGUGGAGUCAGCUGUUCAUUGAUUACUAUUGAACCGUUGUCAUAACUACCAAAUAUAUAGCGUUAUUUAAAUGUAUGCAUGUGUGUAAUAUGUAAUAUAACUUCAUUGAAAUAUGAGUCGAACAGCAAAACGAGAAUUGAACAGAGAUUAAACGUAACCUUGCAUUGCUCGAACAAAUUUUAAAUAAAUUUUUAUUGAAACAAUGUCGGUGGAUCAUAACGAAAAAUAUAUUUUCGAGGCUGAGUGGUACGAUAAAAUAGCCAGCAUCUUGAAGAAUUUUUAUUUAUACUAUUAUCCGUACGACAAUACCGUUGAAUUGUUCGAUAUAAAAGCGAAAAAAACAUUUUUGAGGAGAACGAAAUGCGACGGCAUAAAGGCAGAGGAUUUUUACGUUGGCGCUAUCGUAACGAUUUUUUCACGAAAUAUAAAAAUAACGGAUUAUGCGGACUGUGCUACGCGAAAGAAAUUGCAAACGAAAAUGCAGAAAACAUUUGCGAUGGUAAAGACAGAUGCGCUUGACCAUUUGGGAGAGAUAUUGAAACGAAUAGUCUCCUGUGACUUUCACAUUGCCAACAUUAAAAUGGUCAAACUGACCCAGGAGGAGGCAACAGCGUUCUGCGAAGACAGGGAGAGCACGGAUACAACGUACGUUGUAAAUUAUCUUAUCUCAGGUCCUGUUGUAGCUUUAGAAAUAUUGGGUGAUCAUGCAAUUACACGUUGGCUAGAAUUAAUUGGACCAGACGAUAGCGAGGAAGCUCGUUCUAAAGCUCCGAAAUCUCUCAGAGCUUGUUAUGGUAAAGACAGCAUUCACAAUGGUUUGCACGGUUCUCUAACCGAGGAAAAUGCAAAAAAAGAAUUACAAUUCUUCUUUCCCGACUCAAAAAGUAAAAAGAAGGGGCCAUCGAAUACAGCUACUUUAAAAGACUGCACUUGUUGCAUUAUUAAACCACACGCUGUCCAAGCUAAGCUAGCAGGGAACAUUAUUAACGACAUUCAAAAAGCUGGUUACACAAUUUCUGCUCUACAACAAUUUAAUGUUAAUCCAUUUGAUGCGGAAGAGUUCUUAGAAGUCUAUAAGGGUGUACUCUCUGAUUACGGGGCCAUGGUGGGAGAACUUCAAUCUGGACCAUGCAUCGUAAUGGAACUAAAGCACAAAGAUCAGACAUUCGAUGUACAAGGAGAAUUUAGGAAAUGGUGCGGUCCUAUGGAUCCGGAUAUAGCAAGGCAAGUUAGACCGAACACCCUUCGAGCUAAAUACGGGAAGACAAAAGUACAAAAUGCUAUACACUGUUCCGAUUUACCCGAAGAUGGAAGUUUAGAGGCGGAAUACUUUUUCAAGAUCCUUGAUAACAGUUAAACACGUCAACAACAACGCAACAAAUACCACCAGUUGCCUUGAAUAAGGAACAAUAAUUGUAUUGAUUUUUGAUCCAAUUACCAAUAAUAAUGUAAAGGCUAUUUCCACUUUUUUACAAUAAACAAUAUUUAUGGAA